GGUCUUCUGCAUCUAGGCUAUCUCAGGCCAACUCUUCGCUUAUCUUGACUCUUCUCAACAGCUUUGGAUCACAAACAAACACUACUCUGGUCAGCAGCACCAAAAUUACUGCCCUAGACCCCUCAUUUCUUCUCCUGCUGGCCUGUAUCACGCUGUUUGCAACGCAAGCUGGGACUGUAUAUCGGUCGGAAAGCCACCUCCAGAGCUUCUUCUGACGUUUACCAGAGCAUUAAUCGUCCGAUUCCAUACCGUAUUAUCGUACAAUGGCACUUUCCGUGCAGUGCUGUAGCAGCACGGGGAAAAUAUUCACACACAACACCGUAUUAGUGACCGACCAUCACGGAUCAUGCGUCCAUGUCCGUACUAGCACUACUAGGUCUGUUAGUAGCACACCAGCCGAGGUCUGUCGCUCCGAACCGGUACCACUACGCUUGCAAGGAGUCUUCCGGGGGACCUCCGCGGGUUCGCGCGCAGCUCCGCGGAAGGCGCGGCUGGCGGAACUGCUGACGGUCAGCGCAUUCUCUUCCGCGGGUCUUCCGCGAGGCCAGUCGGGAGUUCCAGUGGCGGAGAUUUCGGCGGGGAGGUCGUUCUUAUUCCGCGGGUCGUCCUUAUUUCAUCACGACUCAUCCUCGGGUUUUCUUCCGCUGGGAGUCGUCGCGAAAUGCGGCCCCGCUGUUCGCCAACCAAUGAAAACUCUCCGCGCAUCCGCGGAUCGCUCGUCACCUGCAGUCCUAUCCGAGAACGUACCUUCCAGGAAAGAGCAGCUCGCAUUGCUGGCGAGUAGCAGCGCAUCUGAGCCGUUCGAUCUGCUGGUGAUCGGCGGGGGGGCGACGGGCACGGGCGUGGCUCUUGACGCCGUGACUCGCGGACUGCGAGUGGCGCUGGUGGAGAGAGAUGAUUUCGCUAGUGGCACAUCGUCUAAGAGCACAAAGCUGGUGCACGGAGGCGUUCGCUACCUGGAAAAGGCGUUUCUCCAAGCCGACCUCGCCCAGCUGAAGCUCGUCUUCGAGGCUCUUGCCGAGCGUGCCACUCUGCUUCGGAACGCGCCGCACCUGGCCUGGCCCCUGCCGAUCCUCAUGCCGUGCUACGACUGGUGGGAGGUGCCGUACUACUGGGCUGGGCUCAAGGCGUACGACCUUGUAGCGGGUACAAGCAUGCUCCAGCUGUCAAGGCUCGUUUCGGCUGACGAGGCGUGCAAGAUGCUGCCUGCACUGGCUAAGAAAGCAAAAGACGGCCGCACGCUUAAAGCCGCCCUCCUGUACUACGACGGCCAGAUGGACGACGCUCGCCUGAAUGUGGCGCUUGCCACGUCAGCAGCGCGAGCUGGCGCCGCGGUGGUCAACCACGCAGCCGUGACGUCAUUGCUCUUCAGCGGUGGCAGUGCUGACGUCAGCAGCAGGAGCAGCGGCAGCAUGGGGAAGGGCAGGGAGGGGAGGAGGGUGGUGGGAGCGGUUGUGAGGGAUGAAGUGGGGGGAGGGGAGGAGGUGGAGGUGUUUGCUCGAGUGGUGGUGAACGCUACUGGCGUGUUCUGCGACCGAAUUCGCCAGCUGGCGGACCCCUCUCUCCUGCCGUCUGUGGUAGCUUCCAGUGGGGCCCACUUAGUGCUUCCACCUGUUUACUUGGGGGAGGGAGAAGGGAAACUGCAAGACAAGAAGAAGAACGGGGAAAGCCGAUACAGGGAGGGGGAAGGGGAAAGGCUUGACAGGGGGAGGGGAGGAGGAGACAUGGGCAUGGAUGAAAGCGGCAGCGGAAGUGGGCUGGAUGGUACAGGAGUGGGGCUGAUUAUACCGCGCACGAGUGACAACCGGGUGAUGUUCAUGCUGCCGUGGCUGGGCCGGGUUGUAGCGGGCACCACAGACGGGCCAGCUCAGAUUGUGGAUUGCCCUCUUCCCAGCCAAGAGGAGAUUGGAUUCAUACUCGACACGCUCGGCAACUACCUGGAUGUCGAGGUGCAUCAAGGGGAUGUUCUAUCUGCAUGGAGCGGCCUCCGACCACUGGUCACAGGCCACGUGCCAUCCACCAGCCCUGCCACGUCAGCAUCUGCGCCAUCACUCGCGUCGGAAGCAGCGUCGACCGAGGGAGUGGUUCGCGAACACGUGGUGUUUUCGGACGCUAGUGGCCUGGUAACCGUUACGGGCGGGAAAUGGACCACUUAUAGGAGCAUGUCGGAGCAUACAGUAGAUUAUGCGAUACAAGCCGGGAGGUUAAAGUCGUAUUUAAAGGCGAGCAAAUCACAGACCCGAGGGCUGAAGCUGACUGGAGGAGACUCGUUAGCAGUAGCAAAUCAGGACGGAACAGUUGCGGGUGUGGCAGCAGCAAAGGGAGAAGCAUUGAAGGCAGACGAAUCAGCAGCCAUGGGAGCAGCAGUGGCGGCAGGCUGGGAUCCGGCAGUUUUGCGACACCUGGCGCAAUCUUACGGGUCUCGGGCCCAUGCCGUGAUAGCCAUUGCACAGGCAAAAGGCCUCUCCAACCGUUUAGCCCCGCCCUUUCCCGACAUCGAAGCCGAAGUUAUUUUCGCUGCCCAGAACGAGUUCUGCGCCACUGCCUCUGACUUCCUCUGCAGGCGCUCCCGCCUCGCCUUCCUGGACGCUUCCUCCGCCAGGCUGGCGCUGCCACGUGUCGUGCAGCUAUUGGGCAAGGAGCUUGGGUGGAGCAAGGGGAGGUGUGAGAGGGAGAGGAGGGGUGCUCUUGCUGUUAUCAGCGAAUUUGGUGUGCCUGCUGGUAGGAGGGAUCGUUACGAUGGGGAGAUUAGGGAAGGGAGGAUAGAGCGUGAGGGUGAUGGUGAUGAUGGUGGGAGGAUGGGUGUCAGCAAGAAAGAGGUUGCUGGGUCAGUGGUACGAAGUGGUUGAGAGGGGUUGGUUGUGGGCUGUCCAACACCUGACAUAUGGGAAACACAUUAUAUUUGUAUCACCUAGGCAAGGACAAGUGCUAAGGUAUAUUAAUAUGCUGUUAUCAGCUCUAGCCUUGCAUGCCGCCGUUGUAAUAUGCUGUAAAUUGCCCUU